AUGAACAUAACAAGAGGGAGUACAUUUAAUUUAUCAUCAACUUCAUCUCAUAUUGAUUAUUGUGAAGAUAUGGACACGGUUAAUGCAAAAAAUUACGUAAAAGAUUUAUUGAAGUCACGAAUAUUCUUGGGCCGUUAUUUGGAGAGAAGACUGAUAGAUGAACGUAUUGGUUAUCGUGAUGUGGUAUUGGUGAGCCCAGCUGAAGUCGAAUUCAAGAAACACUUAUCGGAAGCCCAACAUAAACUUAUGAAAGCUUACCCAAAGAUCCAAUGGAUCGGCAUUUCGGAUUCCGAAACUAUUGGUCACCCAUCAGGAAUCUGUAUCUGGACAGAGAUAGACAACCAACCUUUUGGUGCAUUUUGGUUUCAAGUAAAAAGUGUCAAAUUCAGAGAUUUAGAAAUAAUUGUACUUUUAAAAUGUAUAAGACAUAUAUCAGAUGCUUUUUUAGAGAUAGAACCAAUACUAACUGGAUCUGUUGAUAAUUACAAAGGCAAAAGUGACAGCAAGCAGGUUAACAUUGAAGCAAAGUUAAAUGAUGCAUAUAGUGAAAUAACAAUAAACCUUAAAAAUAUGCUAUCAAUAAGUAAUCUUAAGGAAUUCUUUACAUUCCUUUUUGCUUUUAUCAUUGCUAUUUUUACUGGUAGCACUGCAUUUGUCAAUUUUCUGGGCAAUUUUAUUUUGGCCUUAAUCAGAGAAAUGUCAAUAUUUAUUAAGAACUCCACACCAAUGUUUUUGGGUUUUCUAGAUUUCUUGAGUAAGAUAGUUGGUGGAUUUUAUAUUUUGAUAGCAAUGUUUUUUAAGCCUAACAAUCCAAACCCUCUAAAUAAGAGAAGAAUUACAUAUUAUGAUAAACCUCCAGAAAACUUUAACCCUAGGGAAUUUGAU